GGCCGGCACCGGCACCGGCAGGGCCAGGGCGGAGCAGCCGAGGCCGCACUGGCGGGAGCGGCAGGAGCAGCGGAGCCCCGACUUGGCCGUGCCCAGGCCGCCGCGCCCGCGGCCCGCCGGGCCGGCCAGGGUCGCCGUCGUGUACUACCUGGCCAGGAACGGCCACCUCGAGCACCCGCACUUCAUGGAGGUCCCGCUUUCGUCUCCCGAGGGCCUCUACCUCCGAGAUGUAAUCGAUCGGCUCGACGCGCUGCGGGGCAAGGGGAUGGCGCGCAUGUACUCGUGGGCGUCCAAGAGGACCUACCGGAACGGGUUCGUGUGGCACGACCUCACCGACGACGACUACGUGCACCCGGUGGCCGGGCGGGAGUACGUGCUCAAGGGCACCGAGCGGCUCAACCCGCCGACGAUGCAGCAGCAGCAGCUUCCGCUGCUCGACGCGGUGGCCGCGGCGUCGUCCUGCUCCUCCGGCUCCCAGGAAACCGCGGCUUCCUCGUCCUCCGGGUGGGAGCAGCACGGCCAGAGAAAAGGCGCCGGCGCCGCCGAGUACAGGGUGUACAGGGCCGAGGACCGCGCCGCGGCAGCCGCGGACGCGGCGACGCAGACCGACGACGGCUGCCGCGGCCGCGGCCGCCAGAGGCGCGCGCAGGAGGAGCUGGGCCGGGAGGAGACGUCGCCGCCGACGGCGUCCACGAGCCCCGACACGCUCGAGACGCUGAUCAAGGCGGACGGCCUAGUCCUGGCGGCCGUAACCACCACCGGCGGCGACGGGAGCAGGGCGAGGGCGUCGUCGGUGCUGAUGCAGCUCAUCUCGUGCGGGUCCGUGUCGGUCAAGGGCGGGCUGGCCACGCCCGUGAUGCCGCGCGGGGUGCACCACCACUACCGCCCGCGCCCGCCGCGCGCGCCGGCACACUCGCACGCGGCCGCCGCGACGCUGACGCCGACGCCGACCCGCCGGCAGAAGGUGGUCGAGGACAAGGAGUACUUCAGCGGGAGCCUCGUGGAGACGCAGCGCUCGGCCGCCGCCGACGACGCGUGCCAGGACGUGGCCGUGCUCCGGCGGUCGUCUUCCUACAACGCCGACAGGGCGCUCAAGGCGGAGGAGGCGGUGGACCAGCACGACCGCUGCAUCCCUCGCAGGCCCAAGAGCAAGAGAGACGGCUACCAGUACCAGGCCAUCUCGGGCGGCGCCAAGAGGAUCGGAGGCUGAGCCGCUGAGGAACUCAGAGCUUGGUUUGACGGCUUGUGAUCAUGAUGAUAAUCACGGCGGGCCGACGAGUACUGGCUCCGUUGCUUUAUCUUCUCGCAGAGUUCCCCGUGAAUCAAGAAAUUCGUAUUACCAGAUUCCAGAUUGAUGUCGUGAGUUUGCUGUGUGCCAUAUAGUACUUGUGAUUUUUCGAUCUAAGCCUCUGUUUAUAUGCUCUGUUGCUUGACUAUCAUUGGACUACUCUCUGUUAUCAAGCCCCAGCGCACAGGCUAGACCAAGACAAACAAAACUGAAAAAGAUGUAUAGUAUCAUCA